AUGUGUGAAGAGGAAGAGAAGGCGAGAGGAGAUCCAGCCGGGCACCUCACUGGAUCGCUUGAGGACCCAGAUUUUUCUAUUUUCAUGAUUGUGAAUACAGCUCUCAACAAGCAGCACAGAGAAUGUGGGUUUUCAAAGGGAGUGUCUUCAUUGUCCUAUUUCAAGGUAGGAGUUUAUGUGACUAGGCAAGCCAAUUCUACAUGCUCUCUAUCAAUAUUUUUUGGCAAGGAUUGGAAAUUUCCCAGCACAAUUAAUGCUUUGGUGGGCUCCUGCGUGGAGAUCCCCUGCACAUACCCCCCGCCUAAGGAUAUGGGAGCUGCCAGUGUUGCUUGGUAUCGCCUUCACUUGGAUUACAUGCAUGUUUUUGACAGCAGAGCAAACUCAUUGGUGGAAAAGCAAUAUCAGAAGCGAACCUCAUUGGUACCCGGGAAAAACAGCUGUACGCUAAGGAUAGACCCGGUGAGGAAAGAAGAUAGGACAAGUUACUAUCCAGGACUAGCUGAGAGGCCACAGGAUAAUGCAUUCUCACAAGGCCUUCAGAUCGUUUGGUUGGGUGUUACAGAUUCUCCACAACUUCCAACAAUUACAAUUCCCGAAAAUAUGACUGUAGGAAGACCUGCCAAUGUUGCAUGCUCUGCAAAUCACACGUGUGGCUCCAGCCCGCCUAUCAUAACAUGGAAUAAACCCGGCCAGAUCCGCAGGAGGUCGGAGGAUCUGUUAGGAGGAUACUGGAGAGAAAACUCAGAACUGGUCUAUAAUCCUACCCUUGAAGACGAUGGAACGGAUAUUCAAUGUACGAUUAUCCAUCAUAAUGGAUUCACAUUACAACGGGAGUCAAGGCUGGACAUCAAGUAUGCCGCUGCUGAAGUUGAAGUUAUUAAAUCUCACACAACAGAGGGCGCCAUCGAGCUGAAAUGCUUCUUCCUUAGCAGCAGACCUGCUGUGACUCAUUACACUUGGAUCAAAGAUGGAUUCCAAUUAAAGGAAAAGAAACGCACCCUUCAGAUUGGCAGUCAUGGUGACAACUCUGGGGGUUAUACUUGUAUCGCACACAAUGCAGUUGGGAGUUCUACCUCUGUGGAAGUUGUUAUUACAGGUUAUGAAUUGAAAGAAGGAAUCCUGAAGAUGAUUUAUGUGAUUUUCGUGGCUGUAUUUGGAUUUUUCUGCCUGGCUUUUCUUGCAAUGACGAUACAUUUUUAUAGAAGACUAAAACUACGUCGGACAUCACCAAGACAUCAGAAUUCCCAGCUCCCAAAUACCACAUAUGAGGUUCUUAUGAAAACAGAGGCUUCAUGUGAAUACGACACUGUACAGGUAACAUAA